UUGCGAGCCUGUGUGUGGCUGUCCACGUCGACGAUGGAUGAAAGCCUGGAGCAUUGCGUUAAAUCUCUGGAGGAGAACGACGAAGACGUGCGCGACGAGGCACGGCGCGCACUUCUCAGCAUUUGCCGAAACGUACUGAGAUCGCCGAGCAAUUACAGGUCCCGCGAGCUGCGCCUCGAUGACGAGGUCGUCGUCGAGAAACUCCUGCCGGCCAUCGGUGCUAUGGAGUGUUUAUUUGACGUUGGCUACGUUGAGGAUGGAGAACGGAUAUUCCUACCUCAAAACGCAUCCCUCUUGAAGCUUCAGGGCUUGUCUAGACUGUUGUGUACCACAUCAGGGAGCAGCCCAAUAACUAAUGACAUCAACAAAAGUUCUACAGCGCAAAAAACAUUUUUCGACAGAAUUGUCGGACAUUUUCAUGAUGUUAUGUACUACGAAAAUCUGAAUUUACAAAGAAAGGCCAAGAAAGUUGUGCCUGUUGUACAAUUAGAAAUUGCAACGAUGACAAAGAUGAGAGAUAUACAAAAAUCCUUAAAGUUAAAAAAUGCAGCCGAUUCUUCGAAAUUCGAAGGGGAAUUGAUAGCUAAAGAUUUAUUUCUGGUUGAGCUUUUGCACUGGUUCAAGUACGAAUUUUUUGAAUGGAUCAACAGCCCGAUGUGUCCGACAUGCUCCAUCGAAUGUACAUACGAAAGUGUGAUACAAUUUCCAGAUCCUCAUUGUUCGAAAAUAGAAUUACACAGAUGUCAAAAGUGCAAUAUAGUUGUCGAAUUUCCUCGUUAUACGCAUCCAGAGCCACUGUUGACCCUGAGACGCGGCCGUUGCGGAGAAUGGGCUAAUGUCUUCACUCUUUUGUGCCGAUCGUUAGGCUACGAUGCGCGAUAUGUAAGCGACGAGACUGAUCACGUCUGGACAGAGAUAUGGUCAGCGUCAAGCAAGAGAUGGAUUCAUGUAGAUCCAUGUGAGAACGUCAUAGAUAAGCCGUUAAUGUACGAAAAAGGAUGGCAGAAAAAGUUAACAUAUAUAAUAGCCUAUUCCAAGGAUGAAGUACAGGACGUCACAUGGCGUUACACGCGAAACCAGGAAACCGUAAUGAAGAGGCGAAAAAUUUGCGCCGAACAGAGUUUAAUACGCUUGCUCCAAUCAUUGACCGAGCAGCGGCAAAAUUCUGCUGAUUGCAGCUAUGCGCGUAGAAAAUACGUUAUCAAGCGGAGACUAUUGGAACUCGCCGAUAUGCUGUACAUUCCAAAUUCACAGAACAAGGACUCCGACGAGACCUAUGAGGGGCGAACCUCAGGCUCUCUUAUGUGGAGAUUGGCACGAGGCGAGAUUACACAGACUGACACGGGAAAGAGCUAUAUUUGGGACAUUUCCAAAUACGGACAAGCAUUCGAGCUGCGAUACAACGUCGUUAAAGAUUUCUAUUACGUUGUGCGCAAUGAUACUGUUCUGAAACGAAAAUCUGGAUGGCUGGAAGGAAUGAACGCCACAGAAGGUGGAAUCUUUCGUAAAGUCGAGAACGAUUGGAAGAUGGUUUACUUAGCACGGUCGCCGCAAGCGAAAUACGGACGUGUUAAAUGGACCUUCGAAAUCAGUAAUUCUGAAUUAUAUCUAGAGACAUUUUCUUUGAAAGCUAAAACAGAGGUGUUUCAAGGAGCCAAGGUAUCUUGCGAGAUUGAGGCUGUCUUCGACGAAAACAAAACAAUUGUUAUAGCUGUUCCUAAUUGUGGUAACUUCCACACGGACGAAGUGAGAAAGGCGGUGCGGUUGAACGUAAUUAUAACAUUGUCCGACGGACAAGGUUCGGAAGCCUGGCAACACGCUCAACUCUUUCGACAAAGUUUGGAUAACACGGAGGAAUCGUCAAUGAUAAUUAGUAUUCAAUUGAAAAAUCGUUGCGUAUGAUUCUAAUUUUAGUUUUAAUCAUUUUCAACUUUCGUAGAUGAAAUUAUGUUAUCUUUCUCAAGAGAUUCAUGUUACACGAAAUAUAUUAUUGUUUUACAUAUUACCAUAAAACAUCGUUUCCUGAAAAUACGUGACUAAUAUGUGAUAAUCAAAUCAAUGUUAAACGUUUGUAUAAAUUACAAAAUUAUAAUAGUAUCAGAAGAAUUAUUAUGAAACUUUCUGAGCAUAUGAAUAAGAUAUUUCAAUGUUGCAAUUAUUAUGCGCUUUGAUAAAAUGUGUUUUAACAUCUGCUAAGAGGCUGACGUGUCGCCUGCGUGUAUUUGAUUAAAAAAAAAAAGAUUAGACUAUUGUAGACUCAAAUUUAUUGUAGAGACUUAUUUAACAAAAAUUAAAUCACGUAAACCUCACAGAUGAAAACAAAUUUGCGCGAGGGAGCAUUUCUCUUUGACGCAGCCUUUUGUUUGAUUUCCUGAAGCUGUCGAACUAAUCCAAUAUUUUGGAAUUUUAAUUUAAUUUUUUAAAAUUAGAUAUUAAAAAAUUAUUACAAUUCCAAUGGUUUGUGGAAUAUUUGUAAUAUUCUUAAUAUUUUAAAGAAACAUGCAGGUUGUCCAAAGAUUAAGUGCUAAUGAAGUUUUCAAAAUAGCAAUAAAAUAUCUGAAACUAU